CGGAGUCGCACAUGCGCUCUGGGUCGCCCCGGUGCCUGACGGAGGCUCCGGAGCCAGCGAUGGGAUUCCGCCCUGUCUACACUACCAUGCCUGGAUCUCUUCCCGUGAAUGCCGAAGCCUGUUGGCCAAAGGAUGUGGGAAUAGUUGCUUUGGAGAUCUAUUUUCCUUCCCAGUAUGUCGACCAGGCAGAGCUGGAGAAAUUUGAUGGCGUGGAUGCAGGGAAAUACACCAUUGGCCUGGGCCAGGCCAAGAUGGGCUUCUGCUCUGAUAGAGAGGAUAUCAAUUCACUCUGCCUCACCGUGGUGCAGAAGCUUAUGGAGAAAAAUAAUCUUUCAUACAACUGCAUCGGGAGACUUGAAGUUGGAACAGAGACGAUCAUCGACAAGUCCAAAUCUGUAAAGACUGUCCUGAUGCAGCUGUUUGAAGAAUCGGGGAAUACAGAUGUAGAAGGCAUAGACACAACCAACGCAUGCUAUGGAGGCACUGCUGCACUCUUUAAUGCUGUUAACUGGGUGGAAUCCAGUUCUUGGGAUGGGCGUUAUGCGCUCGUCGUUGCUGGAGAUAUAGCUGUCUAUGCGACUGGAAAUGCGAGGCCAACUGGAGGAGCUGGUGCUGUCGCAAUGCUUGUGGGUCCAAAUGCACCUCUGAUUUUUGAAAGAGGAUUGCGUGGCACACACAUGCAGCAUGCCUAUGACUUCUACAAGCCUGAUAUGGUGUCUGAGUAUCCUGUGGUUGAUGGAAAACUGUCCAUACAAUGCUACCUCAGUGCACUGGAUCGCUGCUAUGCUGUCUAUCGUAAGAAAAUCCGGGCUCAGUGGCAGAAAGAGGGAAUUGACAAAGAGUUCAACUUGAAUGAUUUUGGCUUCAUAGUCUUUCACUCUCCAUACUGCAAGCUUGUACAGAAAUCAGUAGCUCGCCUGUUGCUGAAUGACUUCCUUAGUGAUCAGACACCAGUGAAAGAAAAUGGCAUCUACAGUAGCCUGGAAGCUUUUAGGAAUGUAAAACUGGAAGGCACGUACUUCGACCGGGAUGUGGAGAAAGCUUUCAUGAAGGCAAGCACUGAGAUUUUCAACCAAAAAACCAAAGCUUCCUUACUUGUAUCCAAUCAGAAUGGGAAUAUGUACACGCCUUCAGUCUAUGGUUGCCUUGCUUCUCUUCUAGCUCAGUACUCUCCUCAGCAACUGGCAGGGCAGAGGAUCGGUGUCUUCUCUUACGGCUCUGGGUUUGCUGCUACCCUGUAUUCUAUCAAAGUUACCCAAGAUGCAACCCCUGGUUCUUCAUUGGAUAAAAUAACUGCAAGCCUGUCUGAUCUGGAAACAAGGCUUGAUUCAAGGAAGUGUAUCUCCCCAGAAGUGUUUGCCGAAAACAUGAUGCUCCGGCAGGAGACUCAUCACUUAGCCAAUUAUAUUCCGCAAUGUUCGGUGGAUGAUCUCUCUGAGGGAACCUGGUACUUGGUGCAAGUGGAUGAAAAACACAGAAGGACGUACGCUUGUCGUCCCCUGCUGGGAGAUGGGCCAUUGGAAGCAGGAGUUGAAGUUGUUCAUCUGGGCCUUGGUCAUGAGCAUAUCCCUAGCCCUGCCAAGAAGGUGCCAAGGAUUCCUGGAAAAACAGACUCUGAAGCAGUUGCUGUUUCUCUUUCCAAUGGGGAGCACUAAGAUACCUCUGUGAGGUGGGAGUUGGAAAAAGAUUAAGGAGGGGUGGGGGACGUACAAGGGAUUAACUGUUGUUACUCAUAUUCUGCUGUACAGUACUGCUUAGUUGGAGCAUGAAAAAAUUAAUCUUGAGGCUCUGUCCUUUGAUGCGGUUUGCUGACACAUACUGUUUCAUAACACUAAGAAAUUAGCGAAGUUUUUAGACCAGAAAUUAUCGAAGGCUGU